GAGAGAGACAGGAUGUAAAAAAAAAUCACCCUUUCACUUCCUGUGUCCCAUCUCUUCUUCUCCGGAGUCUUGUGGGAAGGAGAGAGUGUGUGAUUUUGAGGGGAUUUGGGGAGGCAGACCUCCUGUUCGCUCCCCGCAUCUUCUCUGAGAGGCUUUGAUGCUGAGAAACCGGGGCAUGAAAAUGGAGGAACCGAGCCAAGGAGGCCCAAAACUGAUUGAGGGAUCAGAGGGAGCGAAGAAAAAACCCCAUGUCACCCAGAGGGGCUGCAUCCAGGAAUUCCUGCAAAAGAUGCCCGUGCAGCAGGUGAAAGAGGAAGGAGGGGAGGAGCUUCUUCAGCGCUGGGAAGUCCAAUGGCAGGAGUUCCUGAGGGAAGUGGACUCCCCUCGUGAGGGCUGGAGGGUCCCAUGGGUGCCAGAGGAGCCCACCCCGUGGGACGACGCCAAGGCCUUCCUGGCCUCCUUCGAGCAAGUGGCCGAAGCCUGCCAGUGGCCCCGGGAAGGGUGGGCAGCCCGACUCCUGCCAGCCCUCAGAGGAGAAGCCGAGCAGGCCUUUUGCAAGCUGGAGGGCCGGGACAGAGAGGAUUAUGGGAAAGUGAAGGCAGCCAUCUUGCACGGGGACACCAUCAGCAGGGAGAAGAAUCGGCAGCACUUCAGGCACUUCUGCUACCGGGAGGCCGAGGGGCCGAGAGGGGCUUACGGGCGGCUCCAGGAGCUCUGCCGGCGGUGGCUGAAGGUGGAGAGGCACUCCAAGGAGCAGAUCCUGGAGCUGCUGAUCCUGGAGCAGUUCCUGACCAUCCUGCCGCCGGAGAUCCAGAGCUGGGUGAGGGAACAGGGCCCAGCGAGUUGCUCGCAGGCGGUGGCCCUGGCUGAGGACUUCCUGCUGACAAAGCAAGAGGCAGAGCGACCAAACCUGCAGGUAACAACAACGCCAUUUGAGGAGGCGGUUCUGGGUUUCUGUGAGCCAGAAAUGGUUCUGUCUGACCCCAGCUACAGGCAUCUGCGCAGGGAGACCAAAGCGGAGGCUGACAACAGGGAGGCCAUCUUGACGGGAGCUAAACAGUGGAUGAACCUGAACGAAGGAGAGAAAUAUGCACCAGACGAUUCCAAGCAGUUGCCACCACAGGGGACAUCAGUAUGGAGAGCAGCAGAGAACAUCCCUCAGUUUUCUGAGCAGGGAAAUGCUCUGGAGGGUCAGCAGGAAAUAGGCUUGGGACAAGAAGUCAGUGUGUCUAUUCCUUUUGGGGGCACUUUCCAAGAUCUGAAGAAGGAUGCAUUCCAGCGGAGAAUCCACACUAGUAAGAGACAAAAUAUCUGCAGCGCAUAUAGGAAAAGAUUCAAUCAGAGCAUGGGCCAUGUUAAACAUGAAAACAUCCACUCAGGAGAAAAACCAUUUAAGUGCUCGGACUGUGGGAAAAGGUUUGGUCAGAAAUUUCACCUUCUUGGGCACUGUAAAAGAUGUGAAAGCGAGAGGCCUCACAGAUGCCCAAUCUGCGGGAAAAGAUUCUCUCGCAGCUCAUACCUUAAUACUCAUCAGAGAAUCCACACCGGGGAAAGACCCUAUGAGUGCUUGCGCUGUGGGAAAAGCUUUAGUCAGAAAGCGAACCUUAAUACACACCGUAGAAUCCACACAGGGGAAAAGCCACAUGAAUGCACAGUGUGUGGGAAAAGAUUCUCUCGCAACACGUGCCUUAAUAGACACCAGAGAAUCCACAUGGCACGCUAGCUGUGCAGUUGUUUGGACUGUGUUUCUCUUGGGAGGGAGCAGGAUAUCAGUAUUAUCAAUUAAUGAUUGCUCACUUGGGCUAAGCUUCAGUGAGAAAUGUCAUGUGUUUAGACACUGUAGAAUGCAAGAGCAUUCAGUUGAUAACACAAUAAAGAAUGUUUUCCAUUCCUUCCAUGACUAUUCUGAUUUUUUAAAAAACCAUUGCAUAUACACACACAACCAAAAUGAUCAAGGGUGCUGGAGCAACUCCCGGACGAGGAAAGGCUGCAACAUUUGGGGCUUUUUAGCUUUGAAAAAAUGAAGGGUGGACCUGAUAGAGGUGUAUAAAAUGAUGCAUGUUGUGGAGAAAGUGGACAGGGAGAGGUUUUUCUCUCUCUCUGAUAAUACUGUAACUCGUGGACAUCCAGUGAAGCUGAAAGGUG